AGUCACCGGAGCAUCUCGAGGCAUCGGCCGAGCCAUUGCUCUUCAUAUGGCCUCACUUGGAGCAAAAGUUGUCAUCAACUAUUAUUAUAAAAAGGAACUAGCUGACCUUGUGGCAGAUCAGAUCAAUUCUUCUCCCACUAGUGCUAGCACUCCAAGAGCCGUCGCGGUCCAGGCUGAUGUUGCCGAUCCCACCCAGGUCAAGUCCCUCUUUGACAUUGCUGAACAGGUUUUUCACUCACAUGUUCAUAUCCUGUUCAACUCAACCGGAAUUGCGAAUCCCAAGAAACCCAAACCCACCAGCUGAUGUUGCCGAUCCCACCCAGGUCAAGUCCCUCUUUGACACUGCUGAACAGGUUUUUCACUCAGAUGCUCAUAUCCUGGUCAACUCAGCCGGAGUUGCGAAUCCCAAGAAACCCAAACCCACCAUAGCCAACACUUCCGUAGAGGACUUCGACAGAAUUUUUGGUGUGAACACUAGAGGGGCAUUCCUAUGCUGCAGAGAGGCAGCGAACAGGUUGAAGCGUGGUGGCGGUGGGCGGAUCAUCCUGCUGUCCUCAUCCAUAGUGGGUGAAUUGAGGCCUUGUACUGGGGCGUACGCUGCAUCAAAAGCAGCGAUUGAGACAAUGACAAAGAUUCUGGCAAAAGAGCUCAAAGGAAGCAGCAUCACUGUGAACUGUGUGGCACCAGGGGCGACUGUCACCGACAUGUUCUUCACUGGAAGAAGUGAGAAGGAGAUAAAGAGGGUAAUUGAAGAGUGUUCUUUUUGAAGGCUUGGUGAAACCAAGGAUGUGGCUCCUGUUGUUGGGUUCUUGGCCAGUGAUGCUAGUGAAUGGGUUAAUGGACAAGUGAUUCGUGUGAAUGGAGGUGUUGUUUAGAAGAGUUCCCUUGUUGCAUUUUUCUCUCCCCCAAAAUAUCUUCUUCAACCCCCAAACCUCACUGCAACUCAGACACCUUAUCAUCUUUUCUCGAUUUUCCCAGCAAAAUCUUAUCAUGAAAAUGGUAUGUACCGGUGUUAUCAAAGGCGAAAAGCAAGAUGAAGUGAAAUGAUGAGAUGCAUUUUAUAUGUUUAAUUUCUUGUUUUAACCUUGAUUUUGUUGCUAUUUGGAUGACAAAAGCCUUCUGCUGGCACAGCCAAAAGAUAGACUUUAAAAUGGAAGUGUUUAUUGCUUAAUUGUUUUUUUGGUCUUUAUCAACCAUUCUUGAAUCUUUUCCGAUGCACUUCUGGAAUUCCUCUUUUUCUCAGUCAUAAAUCAAGUAAAGCUGAGGAGAUGAUCAAGAGUUUGGGGCUUCAGUUCAUGUUGCAUCGUUCUUGUUUGUUUGUUCCUCUCACCUGCCUCUCAUUUCUGUCCCAUAUAUAUUUCCAUCAUAUUGUAUUUUGUAUUGGCCAGAAAUAAUGCUUCAUUGAGAUACCUAAUUUCCAUCAAACUGUUAUCGGAUCAAUUACCAUGAAAAACAUACAAUGAAAGCUUGCUGCUAGAUAAGAAAAGUCUAAUUUUCUG